AUGAUGAAUAUCAGUGAUGGAAAAGUGGUUUGUGUGACAGGUGCUUCAGGUUACAUUGCUUCAUGGAUUGUUAAGUUUCUUCUCCAACGUGGUUACACUGUUAGAGCCACUGUUCGUGAUAUCAGUAAUCCAAAUAAGGUUGAUCACUUGCUUAAACUCGAUGGUGCAAAGGAAAGGUUGCAACUCUUUAAGGCGGAUCUUUUAGAAGAAGGUUCUUUUGACUCGGUUAUUCACGGCUGUCAUGGUGUCUUUCAUACUGCUUCGCCGGUUCAUUUGGUUCUCGACAACGACCCUCAGACAGAAUUAGUUGAUCCUGCAGUGAAGGGAAGUAUGAAUGUUUUGAAUUCAUGUGCGAAAUCACCAUCUCUGAAACGAGUUGUUUUAACUUCCUCUUUUGCUUCUGUUGCGUAUAACGGAAGACCUCGAACGCCAGAAGUUGAAGUUGAUGAGACAUGGUUUUCAAAUGCAGAUUUCUUACGCGAAGAAAAGAUGUGGUAUUCAUAUGCAAAGACUUCAGCAGAAGAAGCUGCAACAAAAUUUCUAACAGAAAACAAUAUUGACUAUGUUGUUAUGAAUCCUUCCGUGACGAUUGGUCCUCUCUUGCAACCUGAGCUUAACCAAAGUUCUGCUUUCAUUUUUGACUUAAUAAAUGGUUCAAAAACAUUUAUAAACGCUGCUUUUGGAUGGAUUAGUGUGAAGGAUGUUGCAAAUGCGCAUAUUCUGGCAUAUGAGGAUUCUUCUGCUAGCGGAAGAUAUUGUUUGGUUGAAAGAGUGAUACAUUUCUCUGAACUUACUAAGAUUUUACGUGAUAUGUAUCCAACAUUGCAAAUUCCGAACAAGUGUGCAGAUGAAAAGCCUUUGAUGCAAACAUUUCAUGUUUCCAAAGAAAAGGCAAAGAAAUUGGGAGUUGAAUUUAUUCCCUUAGAAGUGAGCCUCAGAGAGACAGUAGAAAGUUUAAGAGAGAAAAAGUUUAUUAACUUCUAA